AUGAAAAAAAAAAAAGGAAGUUUGGGUACCAAUUAUCUCUCUCACCUUCUUGGUGUGGACAGAGUACUAGAUAAAGAUAUUAAUACUGUCUGCUGCCUGGAUUUCUCCUGUGAGACACAACUGUACCUGGGAGAAGCAUAUAAUGCCCUGUUGGAGAGCCUGAUGGCCAGGUGGUUAAGGCAGAGUGUGGGACAGCUGAUGGGACAUGACCUGGGACCUGUGCACCCAGAGCAAGGAGGCAUCUUUGAGAAGGAGACAAAACUUAUGAAGACGCAGCAUGAUGGAGACUCUGGGAGAAAGAACUAA